AUGGUGCUGGAGAGUCUGGCCCGCAUCGUUAAGGUCCAGCUUCCUGCGUACCUGAAGCGCUUACCGCUGCCUGAGAGCGUCGGCGGCUUCCUGCGCCUCACAGUUUCAGAGUGGCUGCGGUUACUGCCUUUCCUGGGUGUGCUCGCCUUGCUUGGUUACCUCGCUGUUCGUCCCUUCCUCCCCAAGAAGAAACAGCAAAAGGAUAGCUUGAUUAACCUCAAGAUCCAGAAGGAAAAUCCAAAAGUAGUGAAUGAAAUAAACAUUGAAGAUCUGUGCCUCACUAAAGCUUACUGCAGAUGUUGGCGUUCUAAGACGUUCCCUGUCUGUGAUGGCUCCCACAACAAGCACAAUGAAUUAACUGGAGAUAAUGUAGGUCCACUAAUACUCAAGAAGAAAGAAGUAUAGUAGAUGGCUAAUCCACUAGAUAGGAUUAAUAAAAAGUCUUUUUUUUACAUUUGUAGCUGCAAGGGACAGCAUAUUAUUGUGUGAUUGGUAUGAUUUAGUCUAAUGAUACUGUAGAUUUCUUUUUGGAAUAAUCUGCGUUUAGACAGUGCUAAAUCUGUCACUGUUUUGAUACUUUAUUCUGAGAAGAAUUAUGACUGCUUUGUAAAGCUGUAA